UGUUCCUCUGAAGUCACUUUAAUUCUGAAGAAGCACAAAGGGAAGAGAAACCCACACAGCUGUACCAGCGUUGGAAGGAUUGUCUUCUCAGCCCGGCUUCAGAAUGGAUGCACAUCCCACCAGCACAUCGGAUUUAAAUGAAACCGAGGAAGCUGAGCUACAGUCCAUCAAAAAGCACAAGGAAGAGCUGCUGGCAGACAUCCAGAGGCUAAAAGAUGAGAUUGCAGAAGUGUUUGAAGAGAUAGAUCGUUUCCAGCAAGCACAAACAAGCAAGCUGGUCCAGAGGGAUAAAGAAAUGUGCGUUGGACGGAAGAAAUUUAACAUGGACCCUACUAAGGGAAUCCAGUAUCUGAUUGAACACAAAAUACUGUCAUCAAAUGUGGAAGAAAUUGCCAAAUUCCUUUACAAAGGGGAAGGCCUCAACAAGACAGCCAUUGGAGAUUACUUGGGAGAAAGGGAUCCACUGAACCUCCAAAUUCUGCAGGCCUUUGUAGAAUGCCACCAGUUUGCCAAUCUCAACCUUGUACAAGCAUUAAGACAGUUCCUGUGGAGCUUUCGGUUGCCUGGGGAGGCACAGAAGAUCGACCGUAUGAUGGAGGCCUUUGCCAACUGGUAUUGUCAGUGCAACCCAGGAGUUUUCCAGUCAACAGACACCUGCUAUAUCCUCUCUUUCUCCGUCAUAAUGCUGAACACCAGCCUGCACAACCCAAACGUCAAAGACAAACCUCCCUUUGAGAGGUUUGUGUCCAUGAACAGAGGCAUCAAUGAUGGAGGGGACCUUCAUGAACCACUUCUGCGGAGUUUGUUUGACAGCAUCAAGAACGAACCAUUUUCCAUCCCAGAGGACGAUGGGAACGACCUCACCCAUACUUUCUUCAACCCCAGCCAGGAAGGCUGGCUCCUUAAACUAGGAGGCAGAGUGAAGACCUGGAAGCGCCGUUGGUUCAUUCUGACGGAUAACUGCCUGUACUAUUUUGAAUACACCACGGACAAGGAACCGCUGGGGAUUAUUCCUCUGGAAAAUCUAUCUGUUCGAAAAGUAGAUGACCCGAAGAAACGAAAUUGCUUUGAGCUCUUUAAUACAAACUGCAAGGGGCAGAAAAUCAAAGCCUGCAAGAUGGACGGAGAUGGGAAAGUGGUUGAAGGCAAACACCAGUCUUACAAGAUCUCUGCACCCUCGGCGGAGGAGCGUGACCUAUGGAUUGACGCAAUACGAACCAGCAUCACACAAGACCCCUUCUAUGAUCUGGUCGCUGCCCGUAAGAAAAAGAUCGCCAGCAAGAAAUGAGCUCCGCGGCCGCCAUCUUGCUAAUGUUUCAGCCUCAAGAAAAAAAAUUGGCUUCCAUGAAGCCCUUCCUGCAAAAGAACUCAACAACACCUCCAGCUUCCUGUCCAAGGCAGGAGAAUGACUGACAGGCUGAUGGAGGGUCUCAUUUUCUCACUCCUGGAGUAAAAAUAUAACAUGACUUGAGACUGUAGCUCAUUUGCCUGAAUAGAUAGCAGGUCCUUGCAUUGCAUCGCAUGGAGCAGGGACUGGAAGCUUAUAUUCAUUGCUCAAUGAUCUGGGUCGAGGAGAAUCAUGGAAAGGAGCGACCUUUUCUUAAACUAACCUGUACAACUGCCACUUAUAUAUCAGGAAAGACUUAUGGACGUGGAUUCCCGUCUCACUUGUCAUUCCAUGGGCUUCCAGGUAACUGAGUUUUGCAGUAUGUAAUGAAAACACUCAUUUGGAAUAGUAAGAUGAAGGAUAAAAUUCAUCUGGUGAGAGGCAAUACAAUGGUGUAGUGGUGCUUCUCCAGAGUUAAGUCCUUCUAUGUUUUCAGCCUUCUGAGCUGGCCAUAUGGUUCUUUUGAAUGUUGGCUUUUCAGGACAGAACCGCCCAGGCAGAAUCAGAAUCACCCAGGCAGAAUCUGGCUCUAAAAAGUCAAGCAGGGAGUUGGUGGAUCCUGUGUUCUAGCUGCCUG